AUGGCGAAAUCAGAAAACCCUGCCAUUAAGCUAAUCUCCGCUGAUGCGAGCCUACUGUUCGAAAUGGAACCUAGCUUCUUCGAAACCUUCCCCGGAUUUUCUCAUCACCCGAAGAACCCAGUGAGCAAGGAGUUCGAGCGCUUGUCUACAUGGAGAGGCUGGCGGACUGGAUCCGCCAAGUGGAAAAAAAACUGGAAUCGUUGCAUCACCGAGCAGUACCACUCACUGAUUGGAAUACGAGUCAAUGAUCUUUCAACUUGGCAACAGAUGUGUCGGAAAGUCAACCUUGACGGCGACUUUCCAUCGAUUACGAAAUGUCGGAAGGCCCUAAAGCGAGUCUAUGUGAACAUCGUUGAUCUACUGGAAUGCUGGGAAGACGAGAAACAUCCUCGAACCUUCAAAAACGGCAAGGAAUUGUCCGAAUACUCUCAUUCGCAGAACAAGCUCUUCAGCCGCUCGCUUGCCAAGCAGGACAAAGUGUUGCGCACCUUGCUGAGGCAUAUUACCUAG